AUGACGACAGCAAGUCGUAUUCAUAUGGCUGCAGGUCCGGCAGUGACGAAAUUCUGCGAAUCUCGUCCAUCACCAACAAUGCGACGAGAUGAGAAAAUUCGUGCCCUGGCACGUUCUGUUCAGGAAAUCACAGAAUCUGAGGAAGAAGAGGAAUCACCGCAUUACAAUGAUGUAAAAAUUAGUCUUACACUUAUUCGCAAUUUUCGCCUCGAUUACGGUGGUACGCCUCCAUUUGCAUUGAACUUAUCUUGUUCUCCACGAAUGAUGUGACGAAACAGCGCACCUCGAUUGAUCCGAGGCCUAUCGGAUCCAGGAGUACGUCGCCCAAGUUUCGGCAGUCAACCGCUUAGCCCAAAAAUUCAAGAAGAAACGCUUGGUAGGUUUCCAGAAGGUAUUUCUUCUGAUGAAAUCGUAGUUGAAAGCAAAACCUUAGCUUCUCACAAUUUACUUGUCAAUAAUUCAAUUCAAAUAAAGCAAUAA